UGGGGAGGUCCCAGGGAGAAUUACAACCUCUUCAUACCGAAUUUGCAAAUUGUCAUUCAAGUACCGACUUUAGGGUAACAGCCUACCGGUAGGCUACUUCAUUUACUACUGCAUACCGCCACCCUCUGGAUGGGUAACUUUUUGGACAACACAAGAAAAGAGUUGAUUUCCUUUUUGGAAAAAAGACUGACAUAUUUCCACUGGAAAGCCCUUGGAGGGAUGCUGUUCAUAACAACAUGGAAACAAGAUAUGUCUUAGUCAUUGUGCUUCUAAGUGUCUUCUGUUGUUGGACUUACAGCCAAGAACUAAAUCCCAGCGGCAGAAAUGUAUGCAAAACUGAAUCUGACAGGCUCCAAUGUUGUAGUGGCUGGGCCCAGCAAGGAGAUGAGUGCUUAAUACCAAUUUGUGAGGGUAACUUCACCUGCAAAGAAAAUGAAGUUUGUGUGCGACCCCACGAAUGCCGCUGUCGUCAUGGUUAUUUUGGAGCCACUUGUGAUAUGAAAUGUCCGUUUAAGUUCUGGGGGCCUGACUGCAAGGGUAAGUGUGAUUGCCAUCCCAACGGGAGGUGCGAUGAUGUCACUGGGGCCUGCACCUGUAACCCUAAUCGCUGGGGGCCAAACUGUGAGCGAGCCUGCGACUGCCAGAAGGGCCGAUGCAACCAGGAGACAGGCGCUUGUAUGUGCUACACAGGCUAUUGGGGCCCUCAGUGCUCUAACAACUGUUACUGCAGAGUCAACUCUAUGUGUGAUGUGGGAACUGGCCAGUGCCACUGUCAUCCUGGCUGGUAUGGGAGGUACUGCGGUGCCAAGUGUGCCUGCAAUGCCUCUCCGUGUGACCAGCUCACCGGUCGCUGCAAGUGUCGAGAGCAUCUGUGGGGUACUCACUGCGAGCACAAGUGCCAGUGUCUCCAAGGACGCUGUAACCCGGCGGAUGGAUCGUGCACCUGCAAGCCAGGAUUCAGAGGGAAGUUCUGCAGGGAGACGUGUCCAGCUGGAUUCUACGGACAAAAUUGCAGAAACAGGUGUGGUCACUGCAAAGGCCAGCAGCCCUGCAAGGUGGCAGAGGGACAUUGCAUCGCAUGUGAAAGCGGUUGGAAUGGCACCAGGUGUGACCAGAUGUGUGCUCCUGGGUUCUUUGGUGAAAACUGCAAGGACGUUUGCUCAUCCUGUAAAGACGGACACUUCUGCAACCGCAUCGACGGAAAAUGCCCCCACUGCAACCCUGGUUGGAUGGGUGAUCGAUGUGAGGUCAAGUGCCCAAAUGGAACCUAUGGAGAGAACUGUGUCAAUGACUGCAACAGCUGCUUCAAUGGGAUGUGUCACUUCGCCACAGGAAAUUGUCUCUGUAAUCCUGGCUUCUCUGGUGCCUACUGUAAUGUGAGCUGUUCAGCAGGUCAGUAUGGGCUUAACUGUACCCAGACCUGUUCCUGCCAUGACAACAACUGCAACAUAGUGACUGGAGCAUGCAACCUACAGCCUAACCAGAGGAUGGGUGUGAUGGCAGCAGGGGUGCUGGUCACCUGUCUCCUGCUCCUCUCCUUGCUGUGUUGCUGCUGCUUCUGCAGACAGAACGACCCUGAGAAAAGGUCCAAAAGAAGACUAUGUGGAGGGUUCACACGAAUCAGCUCUAAACUUCCUCAUAUCCCACUGAGACGGCAGAAGCUACCCAACGUUGUUGUGUCCCACCAUGACCCUGAGAAUACUUUCAACUGUAGUUUCAUUGAGCCCCCCUCUGCAGUGGAGCAGCCCACCGCCUCCGGGUCAUCCAGAGCGUCCUUCUCUUCCGUAGAGACCACAGAGGACGGACAUGUCUAUGCUGUGCCUGACGAGAAGAAAAAGAAAGGGGACAGAAUCAACACAACAGAGACUACAGUCCUAGCUGAUGAUGAUGUCUCUGAGGUAGACACAUUGCCGGAGGACAGGGAUAUGACUGAGCAGGCUUCAGUUAACACCAGUGAGCUGCCACUACAGAAGUCAUCAGAGAGUGAGGGCUCCUGCAGUGACACAGAGUCAGCCACCAGCACCCUCUGCCUCAGGGUCUCUGCCCCUCAGCCACCACAGCAGUCCAGCAAGGAGCCAGAGAACAAUGGCGGGUCAAACAAUGUCAAAUAUAAUGGAAAGCCUAUAGCUGCUGAGAGGAUUAAACCACAGCCACCAGACCCCUCCACCAAGCCCAAGCUCUCAUGGAUCCAUGCAUCUCCUGGGUCAAAUCAGAAAAGUCAGGAAGAGACUGUGGCUGAGGAUAACAUUUGUUCCAGAAAGAAAGCCAGCAAGCAGCGAGCUCCCAACGCCCCAGAGUCUGCAGGUACAGAUGGGGCCAGCUCCCUAGGUGAGAAGAAGCCUAAUAAAAGCAGACCAGGUCUGUUGCAGAUAGAGCACAUCAAUGGGGCAAUGCAGAGUGUCCUGAGGAAAAUGGGAAAUUUCCGUGUUGACCGGAAAGCUGCAAUCCCCAAAGAGUCCCCAGAGAAGAGGCCCAGCUUAUCCCUAAACAGGGAGGUUAACCAACCGAACAUACACUCUGAGGUAGCCUCUCUCUUUACUGCUCAGCUGAAGGAGAAGACUCAGAGCCUGAACAGGAGUGAGGCCGGCAGCUGUGAAGAGAGCCUGUCCCACCUCCAGGCCCAGAGAAAGAAGCCCACCCCGCCCCAAAAGACCUCGGGCACCCAGCCUGGAGCUGGAAAGGAUUUGCUUCCCACAUCCGACAGCUCACAGAAGCCUCUGCCAGAUAGUCCAUCUAAAGAAGCCAAAUACCAAGAGAAACAAGACUCUAGCAACUCUGAAAGCAGCUCAGAUAAGGGAGAGCCCAAAAAUAAGACCCCAAUGAAAAAGCCUCCUCGGAAAAAGAGCAAGGAAGGUAAUGUAGACUCAAAAAUACAGACUACAGCUCCAAAGGUUGCAGUGAUGCCACCAAAGGCUUCAAAUUAGCACAGCCAGUCUGGAUGUUUCUCAAUUCUGGAAAAACAAUGACGCACAUGUUGUGAUGCUUGAAAUAAUUGAUUGGACACAUGUUUCAUUGUGUUUAGCACCAACUCAAAUUAACGAUGGAAUCUUUUCCCUUGGGUGGAUGUUUUUGAUCUUGAGAAAUGUUAUUAUACAAUGCAGUAUUCUUUAUAUUUGAACUUUUUAUAUUCCUUCACUUUAGUUAUUAUCAAAUCAAUAUAUUAGUAAAAGUGCUAAGACAUCAGAAUAAUUAUUUACCCUCGUUAUUUUAUUCAUUUUCUAAUUUGUUCAUAUCGAAUAGACCAAACACCCCAAAAUCUGGAUUUUGCAUCUCCCAUAUCUAAUCAAUAUUUUAAAUUGGAAAGUCGAUCCCACUGCCCAGAACUUUGGAGCCACGACAGGGCCUCAGACAAACAAGAGGUGUGGUGUAUUGAUGGUGGAACAGUCUGGGGUCUGUGUAGAGGGCCCUGUGGCUGUCUGACACAUGUGCUACAGUUGUGUGUGUGCAGUUUGUUGGGGGAGAAUGAUAGACUUUGAGGCAGCUGUAAAGACUACAGAAGAUCAGAUGGUGUUUAAUUGAAUCCAGACUGUUGGCACCGGUCGUCCUGAAUCCAUGAUGUGACCUGCUUAGACAGGAACAUCUCUCCCUUUGCUAUCAGGAGUCACAGACAAAGCAAAGGCACGUUUAGGAGCAGCAAGGUCCUGCAAAUAAGUUAUUAAACGUAAAUAAGUAACAUUGCAAGUAAGUAACAUAGUAAGAUUUGCAGAUCACUUGAAAUAAUACAGGAGCAUGUCCUCACAGACCGACCAGCUGCCUUGUUGUGAACAUUAGAUCAUAAUGAACGCUUUAUAGAGGCUCCAAUGGUUGAGUGUACAAACAUGCUUUCAAGGCAUGACUGUGUGCAUUGCUGCACGCAUAGGCAUCUAUACAUCAUUAUUUCAUUCUAGAAGUUUUACUGUGGAAAAGGGAUGGGGACUAGUGGUGGGAAGGGGACUAGAAUUACGUUUUGACUCCCUGUUUAAACAUCUCCGUGUAGCUUGGUCUGUAACUGAAUGCCAAGCCUUGAGAAGCAACCGCCAACUCAAUCCUGUCCCAGAAUCCUCCUGGGAGACAGUGGUUAGCAUAGAGACACCCUAUGAAAGCAUUAACAUCUUGUAGCCAUUACAUCGAUGGAAAAACAUUUACGACUUGAGGGAAAAAAGCAAAUAUUUUGCGCUAAGCAAAGCAGAAAACCUAGAGUGAUAACACCUAAACAUCAGUAUGACCUAAUUGGAAACCUUGGUCUCAGAAAAACAUAUGUUGUUACCUAAAUAUGGUUUGAAUUUGUUGUCUUAUUACAUUUUUGGAAUGCCAAGAUGGUACAGGAUCAUUCACUGAGAAUUGUAUUUUCUGAAAUUUUGUAUAAAAAAAUGACUUUGGAUAUGGGCCAUACACGUGUUAGAUUCUAAGUUCUGGUACAAAUCCAGUUGGACACCAAAGGAAGCUCAGACUAGAUUUAUUCCAUCCAAACUGAAUGCUGCAGCUGCAUAGCACACAAUUUACAUAAGCAUAUAUUUAUGCCUUCCGAUUAGGAGUCACCUCCUCGUCUAUCGAGGAUAAACAAUCAGUGUUGCUGGGCAAUAACUAAGUAUGUUCCUCCUAUUGGUGUUCCAGAACCUUCAUGAGCAGGGAUGUGUACAUGUGUGUGCGAUACGACUACAGUUGGAGUAUUGUUGGGAUGGGCCCCUCUAGCCCCCCUCCCAGAGGUUUCUUCUCUCCUCAAAUUUCUCCUCACCUCAAUGUUAAACUCCACGUCUCUCACUGCCCUAGUUCCACAGAAUCUCGCCUGACCUUACCAGGAACUGAGAGUCAGCUGUGGCUCUUUACCUACUUUCUUAGAAAUAUGAAUAUACAACAAUAACAUAUGUGGACAUAGACACUUUCUGCACUUCCCUUUGUCCCAGCAAUAACACUCUCCGGCUCCAACAUCCUAACCAAUAACAAAUUAUUACUACUAAUAAGCAGAUUCGGCAAUUACUAACGGACUGAUUAUGCAACUAAAAACUGUCUCAAGUCAAAUACAUGGCUCCAAAAGUACUGUAUAUAACACCACAAGCAAAUGGCAGGACUUUUCUAUGGGAAUGACUACAUGAUUGCGAGUGUCUAGUCACUGUGGUAUGAACGGGAUGGUGGGAACCUUCUGUGUAGGCAACGCUACACCAUGAUCUUUUCAUUUUCUCUGUUCCCCCCGAAACAGGAAUGGAAAGUACAGACAUCAUGAAAUAUCCUAAUUGGAAACCAGCACAGGCGACCCAGAAUGAACAGGCAUGAUCAUAGCCAGGACAAGUGUUAUGAUGUGACUCAUCAAAGAGGGAAUUUCCUUUGUAUAUUGUGUAAGAACUUUCUAUCAGUCACAUGGUCAUAUUGGAGCCACUCAAAUAAGGGUGUCAAUCAAUAUGUGCCACAAUAAACUGGAAAAAGCUGCUAUCGUCGCCAACAUGUAGGCCAAAGCACACGUUAUCUCAUCUCUGCAAGCAAUACCAAAACUGGUUCCAUCUUUCCAUGCGAACAUACUUGUUCUGCGAACAGUCAAGUUCAUUGUCUGUCAGGACCACAUUCUAGUCUUCUUAAACUCAUCAUUUAUUCUCUGGACACAAUCACAACAUCCACAAUAAAACUGCUCAUGAUCUCUCUCUACCCCCAGAGAUUAUACUUGACCAGAAUCCGCAAUCUGACUGUAUAGCAUUCAUUUUAGUGUCCAUGCAGGUGCUCCGACUACAUGUUUAUACUCUAGAAUAAUGGGUCAAAACAUCUGGGUUGUACCAAUGAUUUAUAUAAACCAUGAAUUGCUGAUGCUAUGCAUUGGCCAUUGAGAGGCUUUGAAGCCACCUGUCGGCCAUAUUGGCACUCCCCAGUAGAAGCAGUCCUCCAUAGGAAUGAAUGGAAUUCUACAGUAUUUCAAUGCAAUGUUUCAAGGACAAAAUUACAUGUACAAGUAUUUCUUUAUUGUAGUGGCGACAUCAACAUUAGUAAUCUCAAGAUAAAUAAUACUUUCAUUUGUAUGUUUAGCUGAUUAAAUAUAAUUUAAAAGUAUGCAUUAAGGUGUCUGUAACUGGGGCGGCAGGUAGCCUAGUGGUUAUCACAGUGGGCCAGUAACCAAAAUGUUUGCUGGAUCAAAUCCCUGAGCUGACAAGGUAAAAAUAUGUUGUUCUAUCCCUGAACAAGGCAGUUAACCCACACUUCCCUGGUAAGGCCAUCAUUGUAAAUACGAAUUUGUUCUUAACUGACUUGCCUGGUUAAAUAUUUUUUUAAAAUUAAAUGUAGAAAUUAAUAAAUAUAUUUCUAUAGCUUCCAAAAUAUUUUUUACAAUGGAGGGGGAGUGCCAAGAUGGAGGCACUAUUGCAUAUAUAAAUCAUUGGGUUGUACCGACCUUAGAUGUGGGAUAUAAAGCAUUACAUACAUUUUAUUUAUUUACUUUUCUGCUCUUUUGCACAGCAAUAUCUCUACCUGUACAUGAACAUCUGAUCAUUUAUCACUCCAGUGUUAAUCUGCAAAAUUGUAAUUAUUCGCCUACCUCCUCAUGCCUUUUGCAUACAUUGUAUAUAGACUGCCCCUUUUUUUCUACUGUGUUAUUGACUUGUUAAUUGUUUACUCCAUGUGUAACUCUGUGUUGUCUGUUCACACUGCUAUGCUUUAUCUUGGCCAGGUCGCAGUUGCAAAUGAGAACUUGUUCUCAACUAGCCUACCUGGUUAAAUAAAGGUGAAAUAAAUAAAAAAUUCAGACUGCAGGCUGAGAGAACACAUCUGUAUGCUGGUUUGUCUGAGCUGAGGGGUUGGAGAGGAUGGUAGGGCUUGGUUUUGUUUUUCUCCUAUCUCGCUUUCUCUAUCGCUUUAUCUCCAGUGAGUUUGUGGGGGAAGGCUGGCAGCCGGUAUUGUCUGCUGAGUGCCUGGCUGCCCGGGGCUUGGCAGUGCACAUAGAGCUGCUCUGUGGCUCAGCUCUCUUUCUCUCUCUCUCUCUCUCUCUCUCUCUCUCUAUGAGCGCCCUGUCUAUCUGCUGUUCCUCUUUUCCUCAUGCUAACACUUAUCUUCAGCUCACCCAUUAUUACCCUUAAAGGAAAACGCCACCCAAAAACUAUAUUUUGGUAUUUGUCCAUUGUUGAUAUAGUCCCUAAAUGUUUUGCAUGUCAGUUUUCAAGAUGUAAUUUUCAAAAUACAGAAAUCUGGCCCGUAUGAGGCAAGGCGAACUUCUCGCUUACUCUCUUAAAAGACCUUCAAUUGAAAAAUGUGAUAUUUGUUUUACUGUUUGUCCAUCUUGAGACGCCGUAACAAUUUGAUUACUGCCCUGGUUUUUAAUAUCGCCAAGUGCCAUGAUCACUCUGUCUCAUUUUAGUCUUGAGGCACUAAAUCGGAUAAUACUGGCAAGCUUUCUGAUUAGGUCAUUGAAGGGUGUCCAUUCUAGUGACUUUUCGAGUGAAACUGGACAACAGAGAUGCCCCAGGACAAAGAGACAGCUGACCGCUGCACUGUUACCCCUGGGUCCACCGCAACACCCCCAGCCAAUCACACAACUCCCACUGCCUUUCCCUAGUCUUCUGAAAAAGGUAUUCUGACACUUUUUUUUUUUUUUUAUUCGGUCUGCCUGUUUUUGUCACACACAAGUGGAGAGGGACUAGAGAAUUCAGGUCUGAAAAUUCUGAUGUCCUGGUCAUUUUGUUUGUUAAAUGCUGACUCAGCUUUUUUUUUAAGCACAGAGUGACUGUAUAAGGGAAUGAGGGACUGUGACUGAAAUCCCACAGGAACCUUAAUCACUCAUGUUUCACUUUUGCUUUACACUUCAGUGCCCAGUGCAAAUAAUGUAAGAUAUACAUUUUUUUUGCUUUUUACAUUUAUUAAAACAAAGAUUUGCAUACUU